GAUGUUAUGCUCCCUACAGCUGUACUGAAGACUGCGUACGGGAUGGUCUGCUCACGUCAUAUGCUGUGUCCCUGCCGGUGUGGAUAAUACAGCUCCAUCGAAUCCUGUGUGUGUGUUUUUGAUAACAGCUGGUGUGUAGCUUGUGGGACAGGUGGGGCCAGUGUGGCCUUGGCUGAUAAAGGUGUCUUGUUUCAGCAGCAACAGCUCCAGCGGUGUGGCUCCCCCUGCAGGUUAGCCCCGCACGCUGCACACCUCCCGUCACUCAUCAGUUAUAUCUAAAUUCAGGGGAACUAGAGAAUUUGUGCUGUUUAAUGACGGACCAAUUACAAGCGGAGACCUCCUGUUCUGCUACUUUCCGCGCACAGUCAAUGACGCCUGUGGAAAGACCAAAGUCUGGCACCUGUCCAGCUUAUCGAUACAAGGAACAUGUUUAUGGGUCCUCUCUAAAACACUGCUUUUCUUUUACAUCUUAUGCAACUCACAAUUUAGAUUUUAAAGACAUUCCACAGAUCGUUUUGGACAUCAAUUAAGUGUAAGAAAUCAAAAAUGAAACGCAUGCAAUUGCAAAACUCAUACUGUAGCUAAUUAGCCCCUCCGGGGGUCUUACUAGCGCGCCAAAGCUGCGAGGGGCGGAGUUGGGAGCGCGCACUCGGAGCGCACUGGACGCACAGCCCUCCGGAGGUCUGUUGAUAUAGGCAGCCUCGUCCUUUCACUGGAGGUUAUGGCUGUAGACUUUGCAAAGAGAGAAGGACAACUCGGAUUAUUUGACAGGAACAAUGCGUUUAUGAGAUUUUACGCAGCGGCUGUGAUGAGCUGUCAAUCAAGAAGGCGUUGAACCUGUAUACUACAAUGUCACACGCACAGGUUGAGAUACCAGGACGCGGCUUCCCUGGCCUCUCUGUGGAUAUGACCGAAGACUGCUUAUCCCGGGUCCCAUCCGUGCUGAGGACGCACGGUUUGGGCGCACGGAGAAACUCUUAUGGGUUGCAAAAAAUUACUAUGGACAUCGAUUCGCCUCUAUACAGCGGCGUCCUUUCCAAAGCUUUGUCCUGGUCGGCUGAGAAUAUUCUAACACUGCCCGAGUCCCGAGCAGAGGAUGAGAAAACCGACGACUCUCCACCGUCUCAGUCCCCCGUUUCCAGUCCCGGCACCAGCUCCAACACGCCCCCCAGCAGCCAGGCCCCCGACGCUGGGUCUCUGAGUGGUAACUGGGAUCCCGUCCAGAGAUCCAGCGCACAGGACGCGAGCUCUGAGUCUGAAAAUGAACUUCAGAAUAAACAACACAAGAUCUUGUCUCGCAUCACUUUUAACACUCAGUUGGAGCAGGAAGAGAAAGACGACCUGGAGACCGAGGCGGUGGCAACCUCGCCCGAUGGAAGAUAUCUCAAAUUCAACAUAGAGAUUGGAAGGGGGUCUUUCAAGACGGUCUAUAAAGGACUGGACACAGAGACAACAGUGGAGGUGGCAUGGUGUGAGCUACAGACCCGUAAGCUGACCAAGGCAGAGAGACAACGUUUCAGUGAGGAGGUGGAGAUGCUGAAGGGCCUGCAGCACCCUAACAUUGUCCGCUUCCACGACUCCUGGAAGUCCACUGUAAAGGGCCACAAGUGCAUCCUCCUGGUGACUGAACUUAUGACUUCUGGCACCCUCAAAACGUACUUGAAGAGGUUCAAGGAGAUGAAGCUGAAGUUGCUGCAGCGCUGGAGUCGUCAGAUCCUCAAAGGGCUUUACUUCCUGCACACACGCUCUCCUCCCAUCAUCCACCGGGACCUCAAGUGUGACAACAUCUUCAUCACUGGCCCCACCGGCUCCGUCAAGAUAGGAGAUCUGGGGCUGGCCACUCUCAAAAGUGCCUCUUUUGCUAAAAGUGUCAUUGGAACUCCAGAGUUCAUGGCCCCAGAGAUGUACGAGGAGAAGUACGAUGAAGCGGUGGAUGUCUACGCCUUUGGAAUGUGCAUCCUGGAGAUGGCCACCUCUGAGUACCCGUACUCUGAGUGCCAAAAUGCUGCCCAGAUCUACCGCAAAGUCACCAGUGGAAUUAAGCCAGAUAGCUUCUACAAAGUCAAAGUCCCAGAGCUCAAGGAGAUCAUUGAGGGCUGCAUUCGUAUGAACAAAGAUGAAAGGUACACCAUUCAGGACCUCCUGGAUCACCCCUUCUUUCAGGAGAACAAUGGAGUGCACGUGGAGCUGGCAGAGGAGGACGACAUGGUGAAGUCGGGUUUGAAGCUGUGGCUGCGCAUGGAUGACACCAAGAAGCUCCAUGGGAAAUACAAGGACAACAACGCCAUUGAGUUCCUCUUUGAGCUCUACAAAGACGUGCCUGAGGAGGUGUCUCAGGAGAUGGUUGUGCUUGGCUUUGUGUGUGAGGCUGACUUCAAGCUCGUGGCCAAGGCCAUACGGGACAGGGUGACGGCCAUCAAGCGGCAGAGAGAAAAACUGAGGCGACAUGCAGAGGAGCAGAAGAAGAAGCAGGAGCAAGAAGCAAUAGAAGAAGAACCAGAGCCUCCGCCUCCUUUAUCUAAAGUCAGCGACGCUGUUGCAGCAGAGUCCCCCACUGUCGCCCUGACGCCUUCUGCCUCCAUCCUGUCCCCCGUCACUAGCUCUGCAGACUCUGGCGUCAGCUACAACUACCCUGCAGAGCCAGAGGAGCCCGAGGCAGACCAGCACUUCCACAUCCGCCACAACAGCCUGUCCUCUGCUAACUCUGACUGCGAGACGGAUGGCUAUAUGAGCUCCUCUGGGCUUCAGGAUCCGCUGGAGACCAGCAGCUUCAAUGCGCCUGUGACCCCUCCCACCACGCAGACCGACACCCCGACUACAAACGGUUUCCCCAUCCCAGCCCUCCGCUUCCCCUCAAGUAUUGCGGUCUCCAGCAACAUAGAACAUGGCAACUCAGGGAUCCCGAGUGGCUUCAACUCCCCUGUGGACAGCUACGCCUCCGAUGUGACUUCAGGCUUGAGUGACGGCUACGAGGGCCUAUCAGAGAAGAGUGAGAAAACUGCCGCGAGGCGAACUGCUGCGAAGCUGUUCAGGAGGAGGGCGCGCUCAAGGCUCCGCAUCACAGGGCUCUCUGAUAAAGUGGACCGUGUGGUUGAGUGUCAGCUGCAGACACACAAUGACAAGAUGGUGACCUUCAAGUUUGACCUGGAUGGAGAUAACCCUGAAGACAUCGCUGCUGUCAUGGUGCACAAGGAGUUCAUCCUGCCAUCAGAGAAGGAGGGCUUCAUCCAUCGAAUGGGUGACAUCAUCAAACGGGCUGAGUCUCUGAUGGCCAAAGAGCAGCCGGUCCACUCCAGUGGGCACCGACUUCCCCAGCCUGCUUUUCACACUGGGGUUAACUCGUUGUCCUCCUCACAGCCUAAUCUGCACAGUCACACCCUGCCUCGAACCAACUCCUCCUCUUCUCUGCCUGACUUCAGUGUGGCUAACCCAAGCGUUGGUUUACGCGGCUCUCCUCCAUGCCCCAAUGGAGAUGUCUUCAGUGCAGACAUUACUUCAACUGGGCGACCUCUUAUACGCUCACAGUCUUUCCACAACGCCCCAGGAUCUCCCCUCCAUUAUCAGCACCACCAUCAUCCUGCGUCUCUCCUGCCACACCAUCAGCACUACCACAUGCCCUUCAUGGGCCACGGCCACUUCCCAUUCCCCUACCAAGGCUCUCCAGGUUCCCCAAAGCCAGCCAUCCAUUCUCCCCUCACACGUGUAGCCAGUAACCCCACCUUCCCUUCUGUUCCCUCCCCAACCCCCGGUUCACCGAGUCCUUUGAAUGAGACCCCAAGCCCUGGGAGCAAUGACAGUGUCAACAUGUCCCCACCUGGCCCUCAUCAUCCCAACAUGUGGCCCCCCCACACACAGCCCUUAUUUUCCUUAGCUAAUGUCAUCUCCAUGGCCAUGAGUAUGGCUCAGUCUUUCAUCCCUCCUGCGAACAUGCCCACCCAGGGGAUGCACUCCUUUCCAGGCUUUCACCCCCAGCUACCCACUCACAUGGCCCCACAGUCAGGUUACCCCUCCCUCUACCCACAACAUUACCAGACCUCACCAGUAGAGGUCCCUUACCCCACAGCGGGCAUCCCAGCACAUAACAACAUUUACCACAGCCAUGAGAAUACACCACAGAUGAAUGGUUUUCCCCAGAGCCAUCAUCCAGGCUGGCUGCAUCCUGUCUCUCCACCUUCCAUGCCUUCCACUCCUCCACCUGUUCCUCGGGAGACUUUGCAGCCGGUUGGACUCUCCAGUCCCCCCAGCCUGACCCAGGAGGACAGUUUCUACGGUUAUGUGCCCCCAUACUCAGCACAGGUUUCAGCCCAGGCUGAACCCAGAUCAGAAGUCUCCAGUUCAAACUCCUUGUCAGAUCUUUCCCCAUCACCCCCAGAGAGCCCAGAAAGCACUUUAUCAUCCUUCAGCACUCAAUUGCACCCCACUGUACCUGAGAUGAAUGCCAGUAGCCCAAAACAAAAAGCCUCUUCCACUGAAUCUGAAGUCCAGUCUGCCCCUGUCACUGUUGGUCGAUUCCAGGUGACACCCAGCAUGGACAUCCCUAUGCCUGCUGUGCAAGUAGAUGCUGUACAAGCUGCACCUUUGCCAGCAGACAGCAGCAGCACCCCGUCACAGAGCAGCACAGAGGAACAGGGGGAGUCUGAGACGAGCCUGGGCACCUCACUCACCAUGUCCCCUCCUCACCCACAUCCCCACAGAGCGUCGACGGGUGUCCUCCAGGAGGUUGACGGGCAGGUGGGGUGGGAUGUGAGCCAGGAGCAGCAGCAGGACAGAGAAGAAGAAGAAGAAGAAGAAGAAGAGGAUGAGGAAGAUGAAGAGGGGGAGGAAGAGGUUGUUGGGGAACGACAGAGAACGAGGAAGAGGAGUCGGAGGCGAGCGUACAGCCUUAGCCUGAUGGGAACGUCUGCUGACAGCGGACUCUCAGUGACGGCUGCUGAGAUGGAGGGGCGGCUGUGGGAUGGAGCUUCAGGCAGCCCGCAGUACAGCAAUGCCCUUCACCAUUUAUGGAUGAUGACUUACAACCGCAACACUCCCUACCUAAGCAGCGAUGACUCAGACAGUGACGACGAAGACAUGCUGGUAGAACUUCAGGAGCUCAGAGAGAAACAUCUGGCAGAAGUGCAGGCCCUGCAAGCUGCCCAGAAGAGAGAGAUUGAGGAGCUGUAUGUUAGGAUGGGGAAGGUUCCCCCUCCAGGCAUCGUCUCUCCUGCUGCUAUGCUAUCCAGUCGACAGCGCCGGCUGUCAAAGGGGAGUGGCUUCCCCUCGUCCCGCAGGAACAGCCUGCAGCGGUUGGACAUGUUGCCACUGCCGGGUAUCAUUAGGAGAAACUCCCUUGGAGGCAGCAGCAGUGGCUCCCAGGAUAAACAUAGCAAAGGUGUCACCUUUGUAACUGACAUAAGUAGAAUGUAAGAAAAUCUCAGCCAAGUACGCUGUAUAUCUGGACUACCUCAUCUGAAGUGUGACUGCAGUGGUCUAACCUGUCCUGUAGGAGGAUCGCUUUAAUUAACGCUUUUCACUGGCACACCGAUAAGCAAACUGCUUCCCUCUGCCAGUGGUCAUUUACCUCAACAUAUAUAUGAGCUGUCAUCAGUUAAGCUGAAUGUUCACAGGACCUGUAACAUCCUGUUUCCAGCCCUUUACCAGAUCUGGUGAAACUGUUGCAGCUGGAGCACAGAAUACUUGCCAAUCUGGUUCAUGUUAAAAAUGACAAGUUCAUUUCUGCUCUCUUGUAAAUAAUCUGUCAAAACUAUGAAACUGACGGUACUCCGCAAAGUGUUACAUCACAGGUCGUUUUAUUUUCUCUGAGCUAGCUUUUAGCGUUAACGCAGUCAAGUGAUAGAACAAACUGCUGCAGAGUUGUGGCCUUUUGAGCUACAGUGGCACUUGAACUAUGACUUUGACCCAGAAUGAUGAUCGUUACUGUUUUCCUGUUUGUCUGAUUCACUGCCGUUAAUCAAUCUGAGCACAGUAAUGUGAACCACAGCGAGGCUAUGACACUUUCACUGGCAGUUGUCAUACAGAAAUGACAACACUUAUGAUAAUCUCGCAAUUUAUUUGCUGUAGUUUAUUAAUGCUGUCUCAGCACCUGCUGACUGCACAGUGAACACACUCAGAUUAUUGCCUUCCAGGGGCGGAUGAGAGCACUCUAGACACAUUGUACAGUUUGAUUUAUUAUUGUAUUAUGAAAACAUUUUGUUCUGGUACAUCUAUCUUAGGUUUCUUUAGUGAUUUUGACACCUGAUAGGGUGACCUACAUUCUCUAGACUAAGCCUGGAUAUGUUUGACUGCAGUCCUGACAUUUUUCAUUGUACAGCAGUACAAUACGGAGAUAUCACUUUUAUAAACACAUACGCAUGAAGAUGUUAAUGCUUCACAAAGAAGUUAUAAAUGCGGCCAUGUAACUUGCUACAGCAGAAAGAAAAUCUGGUUUUUGAAUUAUUAAAUGGGAAGAAAAUUGUUUUAAAAGGACACACGACUUUAGCAUAAACAACAUCUUACAACAAAUACUAUAGCUGGUUUAAAAUUUAAAAAAUGAUUUCCAUGUAUUGAUUUAUUGUGAAACAUCCACCUAGGGUUUAGACUACUGGCCUUCCAGUUGAUUGUACAUGUGUAUAUAUUGGAGUGCAUUUAUAGAUCAUGUUUACAAGUUAUGAGUAAACUAAACCUUAAUUCUUGCUUAAGCAAAAAUCUUAUUUGCUGCUUGUUCUAUAGAUCAAGCACCUUGUGCACUUUAGUAAAUUCUACUUUAGUAAAUUCUACUUUAGUUCUCAAUCAUUUAACACAUUUGUGGAUAAAACUGUGUUCACUUGAGGAAGAGCUGAUAUGUUUCCUGUUAUUUUUCCAUAAGGGAGGUAGAGCAUAUUCUGUAGUUUAUGUUUGAUCAUAAUAUUUCGUAUUGGAUCACAGUAAUGAUGAUCGACCCUCCCACAUUUAAAAAUAAUUAGUACUUUGUGGGAUAUAGAGAAAUCAGUCCAAGCUGUGAAUGUGUAGCUGUUGCCUUAUAAAAUAUUCACAACACACACUGAAAGUUCUGGCAGUGGAACUCCAACUGUAAGAUUUUCCAAAGUUCAUAAUAUAUUCAAAAAAAGUUUCUUUUCAAAAUGUUUAUUGUAAAAAUAUAAAAUUGUAUUGCUUUCUGAAGCUGCUGCUGUCCUGUCAUGCUGAAUCUGUGCCUUUCCCCAACAAUGUCUUAUUUUAUAUUUUUACUCAAGAUUUGGUGGAUAGAUGAAACUCUAUAUCAAAUUUUGACAAAAAUAAAUGCAGUUCUCAAUA